CACCAAAAAUUCCCCCCAAAAAACACAAAAAUUUGCCCAUGAAAGGGUUAAGGAUCAGCAAUAGUUUUAUUGACGAGAAAUUUUAAAUAGCUCUUGUUUAGGAACUGAGGACAAAUAGUCUGAGAAAUAUCAUGCAUACAGUGGUUGCAGUAUGUGAAAUCUUUUUUUUUUUUUUAGGGCUAGCAUAAUUCAUCAUCAAACACACACCCACUAUUUCCCAAGUGUUUCUCAUCACCUGGCUUCUUGGUUUUGAGCCUAACUUGUGGCUGUUGGUUUCAUUCCCUCCAGAAAGACACCUGUGAAGAGAGGACAUGGAUAUCUACAACCAAACUGCCAUCACAGAGUUCAUCCUCAUAGGGCUCUCUGACCUCCCAGAGGUGCGCUACCCUCUCUUUGUGGUCUUUGUUGCCAUCUAUCAGGUCACCUUGGUGGGAAAUGGAGCCAUUCUCCUUGCCAUUGGGACUGAGCAAAAGCUGCACACACCCAUGUAUUAUUUUUUGGCAAAUCUGUCCCUCUUAGAUAUUUUCUGUCCAUCAGCUACUGUUCCCAAGAUGCUCAAGAACCUCUUAACCAAGAAUCAGAGCAUUUCUUUUGUUGGAUGUGCUUUGCAGCUUUUUUUCCUAGUGGCCCUGGCAGGUACCGAAGUCUUCCUUCUCGCUGUCAUGGCUUAUGACCGGUAUGUGGCCAUAUGUUUCCCCCUUCGUUACACCCUCAUCAUGACAAAGGGGCGCUGUGUGAAGCUCACAGCAGGGACCUGGGCAUCAGGGUUUCUCAAUUCUCUUCUGCACACUGUGUUCACUUUCCGCCUGUCUUUCUGUAAGUCCAAUCAGGUCAACCAGUAUUAUUGUGACAUCCCUCCAGUGGUGGCCCUCUCCUGCUCUUCCACAUAUGUGGCAGAAAUGCUUGUCUCAGUGCUAGGAGGUGUCUUGGGCAUCAGCACAUUCCUGAUCACUGGUAUCUCUUAUAUCUACAUCAUAUCCACCAUCUUGAAGAUCAGGUCAGCUGAAGGGAGGCGCAAAGCCUUCUCCACCUGUGCUUCCCACCUCCUUGUGGUUUGUUUGUUCUAUGGUACAACGAUAUUUACCUAUAUCCGCCCCUCCUCCAGUCACCACUCCUCAGCCAGAGGCAGGCUCAUCUCAAUGCUGUAUGGUGUUAUUACACCAAUGUUAAACCCCCUCAUCUACAGCCUGAGAAACACGGAGGUAAAAGGAGCACUUAGAAAGGUUUUAUGUCAUAAGAUAUGUUUAAAGCAAGGAUGAUAAAACUCAUUUAGCAUUCUACUUAAUCUGAAUUUACAAGAAGGUUUGGAAGAAUUUACAGGAAUAAUAAUUUUACAUCGACAUAGAGAGGACGUACCUAUGUAUAUACAGAAAUUUAUACACACACACACACACGUAUAACUAUUGUUAU